UUCCAGUUCAUCCUUCCAGCUCUACCCCACGCCAUUGACCUGCUGCGGGAUGCGGAUGUGAAGGUGAAGGAUGUCCAUGAGGCUCUGGAGGACCUGCCCUCACCCCACCGCCCCUCUCCCCGCCCUCACCCUCAACAGCAUUGCCUGCACCCAGACAGAGGACAAGGGUGUGCAGUGUGAGGAUGAUGAUGAUGAUGAUGAGGAUGAUGAGAAGAUGAAGGACAGAUGCUUGAUGUCCACCGAGCACCACCACGCCCACCAUCUCCACUCCCACUCCCACGGACACAACUCACACAUCACCGCCGCCGCCAUCGCUGCCAAGAUCCCAGACAGCAUAAUCUCUAGGGGUGUGCAGGUUCUUCCCAGAGACACAACUUCUCUGAGCACCACGCCCUCCGAGUCGCCACCGCCCAGGCCACCUCGCGCCUCUCCACUGCCUCCUGCCCCACACCCAAA